CCCUAAAAUCUGCAUUUUUAACAAGCUUCCCAGUAGGUUGGGACACUUGGAAGUCUACCAUUGUACAACAUGCUGCCGUUAAGACUCUCACCUACCUUUUCGAUGGGAUGUCAUCUGUUAGCCAUUGUGGCUCUCUUAUUUUCCCAUGUGGACCUUGUAAGUGCUGAGACAGAAAUAGAAGGAGAAGGCAAUGAAACCGGCGAGUGUACUGGCUCAUAUUACUGUAAGAAAGGGGUGAUUUUACCCAUUUGGGAGCCCCAAGACCCUUCCUUUGGAGACAAAAUUGCUAGAGCUACUGUGUAUUUUGUGGCCAUGGUCUACAUGUUUCUUGGAGUCUCUAUCAUUGCCGACCGGUUCAUGUCCUCUAUAGAAGUCAUCACAUCUCAAGAAAAAGAAAUAACCAUAAAGAAACCCAAUGGAGAGACCACCAAGACCACUGUGAGGAUCUGGAAUGAGACCGUUUCCAACCUGACCUUGAUGGCCCUGGGAUCUUCUGCUCCAGAGAUUCUCCUUUCAGUAAUUGAAGUGUGUGGCCAUAACUUCACUGCAGGAGACUUGGGUCCUAGCACCAUCGUGGGAAGUGCUGCGUUCAAUAUGUUCAUCAUUAUCGCGCUUUGUGUUUAUGUGGUCCCAGAUGGAGAGACAAGGAAGAUUAAGCAUUUGCGUGUGUUCUUUGUGACAGCAGCCUGGAGCAUCUUUGCCUAUACCUGGCUUUACAUUAUUUUGUCUGUCAUCUCUCCUGGGGUUGUGGAGGUCUGGGAAGGUUUGCUUACCUUCUUCUUCUUUCCCAUCUGUGUCGUGUUCGCCUGGGUAGCAGAUAGGAGGCUUCUGUUUUACAAGUAUGUCUACAAGAGGUAUCGGGCUGGCAAGCAGAGGGGAAUGAUUAUCGAGCAUGAAGGAGAUAGACCAUCUUCCAAGACCGAAAUUGAAAUGGAUGGGAAAGUGAUCAAUUCCCAUGUUGACAAUUUCUUAGAUGGCGCUCUGGUUCUGGAGGUCGAUGAGAGAGACCAAGAUGAUGAAGAGGCUAGGCGAGAAAUGGCUCGGAUUCUGAAGGAGCUCAAGCAGAAGCAUCCAGAGAAAGAAAUCGAGCAAUUAAUAGAACUAGCUAACUACCAAGUCCUAAGUCAGCAGCAAAAAAGUCGAGCAUUUUACCGCAUCCAAGCUACUCGCCUGAUGACUGGAGCUGGCAACAUUUUAAAGAGGCAUGCAGCUGACCAGGCGAGGAAGGCUGUCAGCAUGCAUGAGGUCAACACUGAAGUGGCUGAAAAUGACCCUGUGAGUAAGAUCUUCUUUGAACAAGGGACCUAUCAGUGUCUGGAGAACUGUGGUACCGUCGCCCUGACCAUUAUCCGCAGAGGUGGUGAUUUGACUAACACUGUGUUUGUUGACUUCAGAACAGAGGAUGGCACGGCCAAUGCUGGGUCUGAUUAUGAAUUUACCGAAGGAACUGUGGUCUUCAAGCCUGGUGAGACCCAGAAGGAAAUCAGAGUUGGCAUCAUUGAUGACGAUAUCUUUGAGGAGGAUGAAAAUUUCCUAGUGCAUUUGAGCAAUGUUAAAGUAUCUUCGGAAGCCUCAGAAGAUGGCAUCCUGGAAGCCAAUCAUGUUUCUACACUCGCUUGCCUCGGAUCUCCUUCCACCGCCACUGUGACCAUUUUUGAUGACGACCACGCAGGCAUCUUUACCUUUGAGGAGCCCGUGACUCACGUGAGUGAGAGCAUUGGCAUUAUGGAGGUGAAGGUACUGAGAACAUCUGGAGCUCGAGGAAAUGUUAUCGUUCCCUAUAAAACCAUCGAAGGGACUGCCAGAGGUGGAGGGGAGGACUUUGAGGACACUUGUGGAGAGCUCGAAUUCCAGAACGAUGAAAUUGUCAAAACAAUAUCAGUCAAGGUAAUUGAUGAUGAGGAGUAUGAGAAAAACAAGACCUUCUUCCUUGAGAUUGGAGAGCCCCGCCUGGUGGAGAUGAGUGAGAAGAAAGCCCUGUUAUUGAAUGAGCUUGGUGGCUUCACAAUAACAGGAAAAUACAUGUAUGGCCAACCUGUCUUCCGGAAAGUUCACGCUAGAGAACAUCCUAUUCCCUCUACUGUAAUCACCAUUGCAGAGGAAUGCGAUGACAGGCAACCACUGACCAGCAAAGAGGAAGAGGAGAGGCGCAUUGCAGAAAUGGGGCGCCCCAUUCUGGGAGAACACACCAAGCUGGAAGUGAUCAUUGAAGAAUCCUAUGAAUUCAAGAGUACCGUGGACAAACUAAUUAAGAAGACAAACUUAGCCCUUGUGGUUGGGACAAACAGCUGGAGGGAGCAGUUUAUUGAAGCAAUCACUGUCAGUGCUGGGGAAGAUGAUGACGACGAUGAAUGUGGAGAGGAGAAGCUGCCCUCCUGUUUCGAUUAUGUGAUGCAUUUUCUGACCGUGUUCUGGAAGGUUCUCUUCGCCUUCGUCCCCCCUACAGAAUACUGGAACGGCUGGGCCUGUUUCAUUGUCUCCAUCCUCAUGAUCGGCAUACUGACAGCUUUCAUCGGAGACCUGGCUUCCCACUUCGGAUGCACCAUUGGCCUGAAAGAUUCUGUGACCGCAGUAGUGUUCGUCGCCCUUGGCACCUCGGUACCAGACACAUUUGCAAGCAAAGUGGCAGCCACCCAGGACCAGUAUGCAGAUGCAUCCAUAGGUAACGUCACCGGCAGCAACGCGGUGAACGUCUUCCUGGGGAUCGGCGUGGCCUGGUCCAUCGCUGCCAUCUACCAUGCAGCCAAUGGGGAACAGUUCAAAGUGUCCCCUGGCACGCUAGCUUUCUCUGUCACUCUCUUCACCAUUUUUGCUUUCAUCAAUGUGGGGGUGCUGCUGUAUCGGCGGAGGCCGGAAAUUGGAGGUGAGCUGGGUGGGCCCCGGACUGCCAAGCUCCUCACAUCCUGCCUCUUCGUGCUCCUAUGGCUCUUGUACAUUUUCUUCUCCUCCCUGGAGGCCUACUGCCACAUAAAAGGCUUCUAAAGGAACAAUCAGAUAUAGUAAAUUUAUAUAUAUAUAUACGUAUAUAUAUACAUAAAAAAUUAUGUAUAAUGAACAGAGGAAACUGACAUUUGUCAUGUUCACUUACCUGCUGAUGGAAUCCAGCUUCAAGAGCAUACUCUGUGCUAGGGCCGAAGUGAGAAACCAUCACCUCCCAUUCCCAGGGGCAUCGUCACAUUGAACAAAGGCGUGGAGGCAGGGGCAUCUGUGCAGCUCAGCCUAGAAGGACUGUGUUCUCUCCAGGUUCAUAAAUCGUUAAGUCUUUGAUUUUGUUUUCUGUUUCUGCUUGGUUUUGGUGGGGGCUGGGAGGUGGCUGAUGUUUGACUUUUGUGUUCUGUCGUUUUGUUGGGAAGGUCAAAGUUUUUGUUUCUCUUGUGGGAGGUGAUGACCAAUCUAAAUGCAAAUGGGUUUUUGGUGAAAAUUUAAAUCAUUACAAUUACUCUCUCCAAACACUUUGAAAAAUUAUUUUGGAUUAAGAAAGGAUAUGGGCAUGGAAAAGCAGCAUGUCUUCACUAGGUCACUAAAUUUCAUGCUUAUCUCUGGAACAUGAGCAGAGGUAAAGCUGCCUCUGAGAAGAAGCAUGGGAGCUCGAAUGCAGCCAGGAAGAGUGAUGGUUCUAGAUACAGUCGGAUAUUUAAAGAUAGGAUGCCUGGCACUCUUGUUCAACAGGUACAGGAAUAAUGUGCCUCGAUUCCCAAGAACAUGCAAAAUCAUUUAUUUCUUAUCUCUUUAGCUCUGGACUGUGAUUAGCAAGGCCCUCAUUCUGGUUUUCCAGCCUGGCUAGCCACCCCCUGCCCAGGCCCCCAUCCCAAACCUCCUCCUCCUGCCCACCACCUCUCAUGCAAAUAGGAAUAACCCCACUCAAAAAGCAUAUCAUCCUUUUCCAUUUGCAUCACUGUGUCCCAGUCCCGUGUUUGCUGUUGCCUGGGAUCGUUCGUCGGUUUUAUUUUCAAAAGCAUCCAUGGCUUGCACAGUCCUGUUCCAGUCAUGACUGAACAUUGGCUCCUUCUUCAUGUGCCUGUUUGGGAAUGUUGUUGUGAUACCUGUUACACAGUGCAUGGAUGAAAAACAAAAUAAGUGUAUUUGUAUAUAGUAGAGUGUAGCGUGUACUGUUCUCCCAUCCAGCAAUGUUGACUGGACAUUGAAGACAUAAGUGAGUUUCCUUUUCACCUGAGUUGUAACUUUCGUGUUGUUAUUGAGUUUGAUGUUACUAAGGACAAAAGGAGAAAAUGGCUUAUUGUUCAUGGACCUGCACAUUCAUUUCUAAGAAGCAAUAACAGUUCACUGGGAAGUUAAAGCUAUUGAGAGGACAGCAGGCAAACUACCAAGUAUCUUCAUGGAAAAUUAGCCAUGUGGAAUACACCAGAGGCCUCUAAACAGUCACCUGUUGAUGAUUCUGGAAGGCCAAGGAGAGAGGUAUAGAGCAGUGGCUGGAUUCGAAGUGCCCGGGCUUUGAGAGCCUCCGUUUCCAUGACACCCCUGCCCCCAAAGUAUUUAUUUCACUUCUGCUCUGUCUGGCACAGAUGGUAGAUAGUGGUUUGUUCAUUUUAUUUUUUUAUGUAAAAGGCUAUUUUGAGCCCUGUUUCUUUCAUCGCCCAGACUCCUCUGAUUGUAUCUGCAGUUCCUGAGUAGGAAAGGAGCCAGGGAGACCAAUGGGUCUUUACAAGCGCAUCUUCUGUACUUAUGACUAAGGAGUAAGCAAUUAAAUGAGAUUAGUGCCUCCCAGGAGGAUUGCGCUGGGAGGUUUUUCACCUUGAAAAAGGAAUGGCUCUUUCUAUUUCAAAAUACCAAAGAGCAAGGAUAAACCCAACAUUCCAAAGUAGUGGAUCCAGUAAUGAGGAAAAAUGGAAUGACGUUGGUCCCGUCUCAGAGACUUCUCUAUCUAUAAAGAAUCCCAGGCCAGAGACACCACUGGCCCUUUGUAUUGAUUCAAAGAUACUUAAGAGAUAAAAGCUGUUCAGAGUUAU